AUGCCAGAGGGAAGUGAGAAGUACUCGGCGCGACAAGCGACUACAGCUGCGGAGCCCGCACCGUCGGGCAUUAGGAAAGUCAAAGCUUGCACGACCUGCCGGACUCAAAAGUUAAAAUGCGACAUGCCGGGAGAAAGCGUCUCAGCCAGCAUAUCACAGUUGCAGACGGCGGUCGGAAUCCUCCUCAGAACAUCAAAUUUACCUCCGUUAUCUGCUUAUAGUUCUUCCAAGCCAGCUGUCCAGAUCCAGCAAGAUGAUCAUUCAAACGUGGACGAUGACAAUGGCGAAGCCGUCCCAAUAGCGUCUAGCGUUGACAAAACGGACGGUGAUAUCUAUAGCUCGCCAAUCAACUCCCUCUAUGAAGUCACCAAAGGCAAAGCACAUAGUAUCCCUCUAGGCACGACUGUCCAAAGAGAUUAUACCAAAACGGACUUUAUUGCACAAGGUCUAAUCUCGCUGGAGACCGCCGAGAGUUUCUUCCAGAGCUUCACUUCAAGAUUAGGCUGGUUCUGCUACGGCAUUAUGUGCCCGCACCAGUCCCUUGAGAGUCUUCGGGGCAGUUCAACGGUCUUGACCGCAGCAGUCUGUACUGUUGCUGCGCUGCACGAUCCGGAGGCAUCGUCUCUGUUCAGAGUAUGCCAAAUGGAGUAUCGAAACCUGGUGGCUUCCAAAAUGUUCGCGACUGCACAUAGUGCCGAUGAUGUACGAGCGCUCAUUAUAGGGGCUUGGUGGUUGGGCAAUAUCUCGUACACUUUGCAUGGCCAUGCAACCAGGAUCGCAACCAGUCUCAACUAUCACCUAGCAUAUUACGAAGCAAUCAAAGGAUGUACCAUUUCCAGGGACAAAGCCAGGCUCUGGUAUGUCUUGUACGUUAUGGAUCAACAUUCCAGCAUACUCUAUGGCCGGCCAGCUAUUAUCUCCUCCAAAAAUGAACCUUGCCAAGAGUGGGAAAGAUUUAUUGCUGCUGGAGGUGGUGGGGAGCCGGACAUCCGAGUAUCAAGCCAAGUCGCUCUUUAUGCUGUUACCACAAAGCUUAAAGAUAUCCUCGAUGGCCUCCCACGCCAGCUCGUGCCCCAGCACUUUCUGCAUCAGCUUCGCCCAUAUUUCCACGAACUUGAUCGGUGGUAUAUGGUUUGGGGAAAUCGAAUGCAAAUAAACCCGUACAUCGGCAGCUUCUCUACUGAUGGAGCAAUACUCAAUUAUCAUUUUGCACGCCUUCAUCUGUGCUCCUAUAUAUUCCGUGGCAUGUCCGUUGAGGCGGCCCGUAAUGCUUCUCAAGAAGUUCGAGAUUACGCAACCGUGGCUAUCGACUCUGCAACUGCGACUGUGGAGCUUGUCUUGGGGCGCAAUGGCCUCCGAGAUGCGCUGGUAGGGAUGCCGCUUUAUUUCCAUGGCAUGAUCAUAUUUGCAGCAGUGUUCUUGCUAAAGGCGGUCGAUACUCACUUCUUAGGUAUGGUCAACAUCGACGCCGUGAAGAACAUUACCCUCGUGGAAAAUCUUGGGCUCGCAAUGCGUUCCCAUGGUGCAGCGCGGCAACACCUGACCUAUCAUGUCAGCCGUGGGCUUGAGAAAAUGGUCACAGACACGAGAGCUCGCCUCUCAGAGCAAACUGCAAAGGAUCACGGUCGACUGGCUACAAGCGCUUACCAACAACAAGCAAGCGACAUCCAUAUAAGUCUGGACACUUCUCCCCAGCUUGACAUGAUGGACAAUCUGUUCACACUAGAUGCCUUUGAUAUCUUUCAGCAGCCAAUAGAAUGCAAUGACGCCUCAUUGUUCGCUCAAAAGCUCGACUGGGAGGCUACAGGUACCUUUCAGCGGGAUAUAAACUAG